AUGGAACAAACCUAUUCUGACACUAGUGCUGGUGAUAAAAUUGAGGUAUACGAAUUCUUGGAGGCUUUGGGAUUAUUAGAUAAUGAAGUCUCGCCCGUUAACAUGGAUGAUGACGACAAUAACGAAUCUGACAUCGACGAAGAAGAUAGUGAUGAUGAUCAGGACAAUUAUUGGGACCCUAGGAAAAGAUAUACCGGAUGGGAUUAUAAAAGACGUUUUGGUGAAGAUGCUUUGAAAAAACUUUAUCAAACCCGGGAAGCUCGUCAUCGGAACAUUGUACUCAUGGAAUUUACCAGAUGUCUUCCAAACAUAUCUGAUCGAGAAAAAAAUAGAUUAUUCGAUGCAUUCUCUAGGUCUAAUGCAUUUGGGGUGAAAGAACAUAAUGCACUCUUAGAUGCGUUAGCCGAUCCCGUGAAAGGUUGGGAUCUUAACAAUUAUUGA